AUGCUUCCUCCAACCACCCAAAAGAGCAAACAUUCCAUCUCCUACACAACUCAUCUGAAGAAACGAUUGCUGCACCGAUAUCAUUUCAAGCGACCCUACGCAGCCGUACGUUUCAAACCUUCGCAAUCGAAAGAGAACCCAGCAACAUCUCAAGUACCGUCGAAACCCUCGUUCACUCAAACACGCAACAAGCAGUCCCUGGACUCGAUAAACAUGCUCAUCGAUACUUAUUACGAGAUUGGGGCCUUGGUCCUCUACAUCUUCGCCUGGGCGAUCGUCGCAGUUAUCGCAAUCCUUUCCUGCCUCGGCUUUGCAGCCGGCGUCUUCACCUUCAUGCUACACCAGUCGAUUUUCAUCGACGGCGAGGAUCGGGAGGCGAGGUGGGAGGGGCAGAGGGCCUCCGAGGCGUCGACGAGCGACUCCAGCGGCGCAUCUACGGGGUCUGACAUGACCACGUAUGAGACGUUUUUUGACGAACCAAAUCACGACACGGACUAG